AUGGAGCCCAGGCUGGGGCCCGAGACUGCCACCAUCUGCCCAGGCUGGCCGUCCCUGCUGCUGUGGUUCUCAGCCCUGAGCUCUUCUUUUUCCUCACCAGUUUCUCUCUCUCCUUCUCUGGUGCCCCGAGUCCGAAGCAGCUACAAUUCUGGAAGGACAUUCCUUGGGCUUGAUAAAUGCAAUGCCUGCAUCGGGACAUCUAUUUGCAAGAAGUUCUUUAAAGAAGAAAUAAGGUUUGGCAACUGGCUGGCUUCCCCCCUCCAACUUCCUCCUGACUACUUGCCUUCUUACCCUGCCAAUUACUCAGAUGAUUCCAAAACCUGGCGCCCUGUGGAGAUCACUAGGUUGGUCAGCAAAUACCAAAAUGAACUCUCUGACAGGAGAAUCUGUGCCUCCGCAUCAGCCCCAAAGACCUGCAGCAUUGAGCGAGUCCUGCGGAAAACUGGGAGGUUCCAGAAAUGGCUGCAGGCCAAGCGCCUCACGCCAGACCUGGUGCAGGGCCUGCCCAGCCCCCUUUUGCGUUGCCCGUCGCAGCGACUCCUGGACCGCGUGGUCCGUCGGUAUGCUGAGGUGGCAGACGCCGGCAGCAUCUUCAUGGACCACUUCACCGACCGCGACAAGCUGCGACUGCUCUACACGCUGGCAGUCAACGCGCACCCCAUCCUUCUACAGAUCUUCCCUGGGGCAGAGGGAUGGCCGCUGCCCAAGUAUCUGGGCUCCUGUGGCAGAUUCCUUGUCAGCACCAGCACCAGACCACUGCAGGAAUUCUAUGGUGCACCCCCAGACCAGGCAGCCGACCUCGCCUACCAGCUCCUUGGUGUCCUGGAGUCUCUGAGGAACAACGAUUUGAACUAUUUCUUCUACUUCACCCACAUCGAUGCAGGCAUGUUUGGCAUCUUCAGCAACGGGCAUCUGUUCAUCCGGAAUGCCAGCACACUGGGUGUCAUUGACAAGCAGGAAGGCAGCCAGGUAGCCACCAGGGCAGAAGAGAAUAAAGACAUCUUUAGCUGCCUGGUUUCUGGCUGCCAGGCCGAGCUGCCCUCCUGUAAUGCCAUCCCAGAGAAGCAGAGCCUGGUGCUGGUGUGUCGGCAGUUGCUGCCCCGACUUCUCCAGGGGAAAUUCCCUUCCCCCGUGCAGGAGGAGAUAGAUGCUGCGCUCACUCAGUGUGCGGAGGGUACUCGCCCAGAUCCUGAAGUCCUGGGGGCCGCCAGCCGGCUGAAGGACAUCUUGAGGCCCCUGAGGACCUGUGACCCCAGAUUUGCUUACCGCUACCCAGACUGCAGGUAUAAUGCUAAGUUCUGA